UCUUACUCCUAUUAAAAUAGAGAAUAUUCCCAGCGCCGUCUUAGACAGCACCCCGCAACAUGAACAUAAGCAUAAACCCCUUCAGACGACAAGCGGACGUAGGCUGGCGACCAGUAGGCCUAGCCUCAUCGUUCCCCGACCUCAGUCUAGACAAAGACGCCUACCGAAUAGCGCCCCGAUGCAAAGCCUUCCACAUCCCUCAGAAAAACGACCCCUCGAGGCCCGAAGCGCCCGUAGAGGCAGAUCUCGACAGCCACGCGGACCUAAAAGAUCAAGUCCUCGUAUUCAAAUACAAGGGGAAAUUCCACGCCAUUGACCAUCAAUGCCCGCACUCGUCGUUCCCGCUGUCGCAGGGGAACCUCUUUGAUAUUGAAGAUUUCGGAAUCACGCUUAGUGCGGGGAUUACGUGUCCUAAGCAUGGGUGGGCUUUUGAUAUCCAUUCUGGGGUGGCUGAUCGUGGGAACUAUAAGCUUAAGGUUUGGGAAGUUCAGCUGCGAGAUGCGAAGAAUUCGACGGGUGAGAAGUCUGAAGGUGCUGACCAGGAGGUCUGGGUACGGCGCAAGCAGCGGAUUGGUUGAGUCUCUCUUUUACCGACUGCGAUGCGAAUUCGGUUACCUUGGCUGAGUGUGAUGAGUGCGAGAUCGUCCUUGAUGGGAUCCGCCCUUGUGAUGUCAGUUGAGAGUGUGAGGGUGUGAGGAUGUCGUCCCUGCGGAAUGCAUGCAUAUUUGACAGUACAGUGUCUGUCGGGCCCUCUUGCGCUCGCUUGUGCAUAUACACCGAGCAUCAACGCCGCCUGAUGCAGACUCACCGGCGCCGUAUCUAUCGGACGUCAAUACGUUCAAAAGGACGGAUAUUGGCAUUGAUGUUCACUGAAAUUUAGAUUUACCUACAUAGUAGGUAGAGAAUGACCGCACAUGAGUAUGUACAUAAUGAUAACCAAUAGACUGUGGGGCUGUUGUCCCUGUGGAGCUGACUGGAUGCUGAUACCGAA